UUGGGUGGGGUUCUUACAAUUUAUUUGUUUGUGUUCUUAUUUUCCACAGAGAGAGUAGCUUAGCUAGUUUGGCAGGAAAAUAUUAGCAGCCAUUAAUCAUUUUAUUAAAUUACAAAAAAUAUACAACACAUUUUGCACUCUACAAAACCUCUAUAAAAUGGGAGGUUUUGGUACACAAAUUAUUCAUCUCACAAUUUAAAUAAUUAUCAUACUAUUUUCCGUAAUUCUCAAUGUCUUGCACCGUAAACCGGUUCUUCUCCUCGAUCUCGACGCUUCGCCUUCUGUGGGCGCUGCUCGUAAUAUUAGUAAUCACCCUGGAUUUCACAGAUGCUCAGACGGGAGUUUGCUACGGUAGGCUGGGCGACAAUUUGCCAUCGCCGGCAGAAGUAGUGGCUCUAUGCAACCAAAACAACAUCCGGCGAAUGAGAAUCUACGAUCCCGAUCAGGCGACUCUCCGAGCACUCGCCGGAUCGAACAUCGAACUCACCCUCGGCGUACCAAACCCCGAUCUCCAGUCCAUCGCCGCCAGCCAAUCAAACGCCAACACGUGGAUCCAAAACAACGUCAGGAACCACCCCAACGUCAGAUUCCGGUACAUCGCCGUCGGAAACGAAGUCAGCCCCCUGAGAGGCGACACUUCCCGGUACGUGAAUUUCGUCCUCCCGGCCCUCCGGAAUAUUCGCGCCGCCGUCAGCUCCGCCGGCCUCGGAAACCAGAUCCGGGUCUCCACCUCCAUCGAGACCGGAGUUCUGGGCACCUCCUUCCCACCGGCGGACGGUGCUUUCAGAUCCGACGUGAACUCAUAUCUCCGGCCGAUCACCGACUUUCUGGUCAGCACCGGCGCGCCGCUGCUGGUCAACGUGUACCCGUACUUCUCCUACAUCGGGAACAAAGCGCAGAUCGACCUCCAGUACGCGCUUUUCAAUUCCGACGGGAUCGUGGUCCCCGGCGGCAUACGGUACCAGAACCUCUUCUACGCCAUCGUGGACGCCAUGUACGCGGCGCUGGAGAAGAGCGGCGCCGAGACACUGGAGAUCGUGGUGUCGGAGACCGGCUGGCCGUCGGCGGGUGGGGACACGACCACCGUUGACUUUGCGAGGACGUACAACACGAACUUGGUGCGGCGCGUGAGGGACGGGACGCCCAAACGGCCCGGCCGGGCGAUCGAGACGUACAUUUUCGGUUUGUUUGAUGAGAAUCAGAAGAGCCCCGAGUUUGAGAAGAAUUUCGGGUUAUUUUUCCCGAACCGGCAGCCUAAGUACCCGAUUAGUUUUUAAAUUAGUUCAAUCGGGAUAAUAAUAAAUAAUUAGUGUCUGAUUAAUUAAUAAGGCUGCUAUAACUAGCAUGCAUGUUUGUAUUGUAAUGCAACUAUAUAUACAUAUUGCAAUAAAUAAAAUAAAAAUGUAUUAUAUUUAUGGCACAACAUAAUUCUGAAAUGGGUAAUCAAUGAGUCAGCUAGUUGACGUGUU